AUGGAGAGCCGAGCUAGGAAGCGCUCUCGGGGCAACACAAGGCUUUCCCACCUGUUAUGGCCGGUGACACUGUUUCCAGGCCUCGUCGCCGCUUAUCAGCCUGAGCCUGUAUACUUCGGAUCCCGACAAUCUUCACCCUUUCUUCCUCCUCAGAUCCCACUGGUCGACCAUCCCUCCCUCUCGGGCACUCAUGAAUUUACGCUUCGCCACAUCUUCCACCGAGGAACCUACCAGGACCCUGAUCUCCACCGGAGGCUAGAUAUCACGCCCGACACUCAUCUUCGGGCCGCUUCAGAUGAUGAAGUCACAUUCGAUACUCCGCUGGUGGCUUCGUCGCACCCUCUCAUGAUCGAACGGCUUGCAGAUCGACGCCUUUCGGUCAUCGAGCAGCAUCUAAUGGCUGCAAGGUCCGGAUCGGUAGCUGCGCUGUCGCCAUCCGACUGGGUUCUAGAUACACUCGCCGGUCCGAAUGUCACAGAGAAGGAAACGGUUGUUGCUCUAGCAAUGAUGACUGCAAAUGAUUAUAUCGAAGAGCCAGGUACAGGUGAUUGGCAGGAUAUCCGUGAUCGAUUCAAUCACUCGGGAAGUUUUGGAUGGAAAGAUGACGGACUUCGAGGCCAUGUAUAUGCCGACCAGACGAAUAAUACAGUUGUUAUCUCUCUCAAAGGAACAUCUCCAGCCUUAUUUGAUGGCGAGGGCACCACCACGAAUGAUAAAAUCAACGACAACCUCUUGUUCAGUUGCUGUUGUGGCCAGGGUGGUUCGUAUCUCUGGCGGCAAGUGUGUGACUGUCAAACUACUCUGUACAAUGCGAACCUGACCUGCAUUAUCGAGGCCGUGCAAGAAGAAAACCGUUAUUAUCGUGCUUCGAUCGACCUUUAUUCCAACAUCACCGCGUUGUAUCCCGACGCAAAUGUUUGGCUAACAGGCCAUUCUCUAGGGGGGGCUGUGGCUAGCUUGUUGGGGCUUACAUUCGGAGUGCCAGUCGUUACUUUCGAGGCUGUCCCGGAGGCACUUCCAGCAGCUCGUUUGGGUCUUCUUAGUCCGCAGUCGCGCAAGCAUACCGGGGCCUAUCAUUUCGGGCACACUGCGGACCCUGUAUACAUGGGGACUUGCAAUGGAGUCAGUUCCGUUUGUACAUGGGGUGGCUAUGCAAUGGAAUCUGCAUGCCAUACCGGUCAAAUGUGUGUCUAUGACACUGUCGAAGAUAAGGGAUGGCGUGUUGGACUCGAGAAACACCGUAUCAACUAUGUCAUCGCAAAAGUUCUUGCUGGCUAUGACGAUGUGCCUGCCUGUGCACCCGAAGAGGAAUGUUACGAUUGCGAGCUGUGGAAAUUCUUCCGCAGUAACGGCUCUGAGAUUACCACUACUACCGAGGCCACCUCCACCUCCACCACGUCUACCACCAGCAGAACGUCCACCUGCAAGACCCCCGGAUGGUGGGGCUGUCUGGACAAGACCACGACUACCGAGGCAACGUCCACCUCGACGUCUAUAUCAACGACAUCCACAUCAACAUGCAAGACUCCAGGCUGGUUCGGUUGCAAAGACCCAACAACCACAUCUGGUAUCACAUCUGCACGACCAACGAUCACUACAACAGAACCUCCCCAGACCACCAGCUCCUGCAAACACCCUGGGUGGUUCGGCUGUCGCGACGCCACCACCACCGCUGCUCCAACUGCCCCGCCGGUAGUUGACUUCUAG